GGGAUUUAUUUGUAAACAGAGGCCAAUGCUCCUCCUACGCGCGCAAUCUUCUUUGUUUCAUUCAUAUUUCGCCUUCACGUUCGCGACUUUGUUUAGGAUUUUUUCAUGAUCACAGGUUUUGCGCGAACGAGGAAAGUCUUCAAAUGCUUAUUCAUCGACGUUUGACUCCACCGUGGCGUGUUUAGCAUCGGUUUUAGAGCAACAUGAGCAAGAAGGUCAUCACCAAACCGCCAGCUCGACAAUCGUUCAGCGAAUUCGUGGACAGGCGCGACCUGGUUAAAAUCCACGGCACUUUCACCUCAGAAGCUGUCGCCUUGGAACUGAUCAGCUCACUCAGCAAUGCACGGAAAAAGCUCCUUUGGGAAUGCAUUUGCGAGGCCCUCUUCUCACUUUCACCAAAUCAUUCAGAUGUUGUGUCUCCCGCUGCGCCUCGUUCACCUCCAUUUGUGUUCAACGGAAACGUUAGAGUCGGAAAUAGUGAAGAAACGGAACCUGAUGGAGGCGGGCCAUCCAAGAGAAAGAGCGGGAGGACGAAAAAGGCUGCCGAGGACUAUGUUGUCUCAUUGCUUCCUGAGAAUCUAAAGGAGAGGGCUUUAAUCGUGCUGGUCUGCAUGAGGUAUUUUUUGGUCCAUGCGAAAGAUCGGGAGCCUGGAGUGUUAAGAACCGUUAUCGAUGUUCUAAACCACCUCCUCGCUUUAAAUAUCUGUGGAGAUAAGGCUAUUACGAUUUGCGAGACAAUUUGGAAGAAAAAGUGGAGUGGCUACGAACUCUUAGGCGUGCAGUGUUUCCAGUACAUGCUGCACAUUGUUGCGGACGCCAACUGCAAAAAGGCUGAUGUGAAAAGGUUACUCAUGUACAAAGAGGCGGUUGAACCAUCAGCCUCGUGGAUUCCGAAUGUUGCCGACGCAAUGGCGCUUUGCCUCACAAACAAGACCGUCCUUUUAGAAAGUAACAGUGCAUCUCUCCUCUCAAGAUUUUUUAACAUUAGUGCAAAGUAUACUGAGGAAUUCCAUUCACACGUUAAGAAGGCUUUGAUCAACCAAUCAAAAGCUGAAGCCAAAGCUUACGGGCAAAUCUACGGCUGGGCACUGAAUCGAUCCUCGCCCGAAAUGCUAGAAGUUUUGAAGACAAAGUGCAUUCAAGACUUCAUCCAGAAGUACAUCAAUGUCCAGUGGGACCUGAAAGCGCAGAAAAUGAUGCCGCAUGGAAUAUUGCUGGAAGCUGUCCUGGAGGAGAUCUACUACAUCACGUCUAGCAACGUGGUUGGCUUCAAAGUUCUCCUUGAUGCUUACGAGCCGCUACUGUGGAGGAAUUUAUCUGCCGCAAAUCCUCUGCAACGAGCCACUUCAAUCAAGUUGCUCUACAUGAUGUACCCCAUUGAGCCGCACAACAUCACCAGAGUGGACCAGGAAGUGCUGACCAACAAGCAAAAUGAGUUGAUUCUCAUGUCGCUAGAAGAUCCAAACCACGUAGUCCGAUUGAUAUCUGUCAAAAAAAUUCGCAACAUCCUUGCCGAGACGUGGAGUGUGAUGCCGAGGCCGUUCAAAGUGGGAGUUUGUAAUGCCAUUUUCAACAAGCUUGCGUUUGAUAAAUCCAGUCCAGAUAUCCGCAGGGAAGCUUUAAUAACAAUUUGCAACUUCAUCAAUGACGACAACUACCAGAUGUGCCUUUUCCUAUCAAAGUUUUUCAAAUUCCUCAAGCCGUCCAUUUAUGAUGAGUGCAAGCAAGUGCGAAGAGCCAUGCUCCAGGUUUUGCUCGCGUUGCAGGAGUUUCGACACCCCAAAGCUUUUUCUAGUCAAGACUCAAACGAGAGCAAUUCAAAAGUCUCUAGCUGUUGGGACAUUGUAUCCUUGCGAGAGCUGAUUGAAGUGAUGGCCACGGAGGAGUCCAACUCAACGAUUCUCAAAAUGUGCGUGGAGCUGGCCUUCAGAAGCAUUCACCCGAAGGAGCCAGAGAGGGAAAGUACUCAGCUGCACAGAGUUAUCUGGCUCAUCAAACAGGGUCAGCAAAUCGCGAGGAACUUUUAUGAGAAUUCUCUGCAUUUACUUCCAGUGGAGGAAGCUAUUGUUUUCAUGACCAAAGUGAUAUCUAGAUUAGGAGUUUACUACAGGGACUUUGACAGGAAGGGAAGGCCGAGGAAAAAGGAGGGAGCCGUCGAAAAGCCUGUCAGCAAAGCGAGGAAAAGAAAGGCGGACGUUCUGGAUGAGGCCAAUGAAGGCACGGAAGAAAACUUGGAGUCGUUCAAUGAAUACCACGAGGAAACUGAAGGAGGGCAGUCUCAAGAAAACAUGCUGGAGCCAGUGAAAGAGAGUCUGAAAAACCCAGCGAUUGUCGCCGGUCUGCUUGACAUUAUCAUGGUUCUGUGGGUGAAACACGCCAAAGUCUUGAAUGAAAACGCCAACGCCCAGGUGCAGGCCAAGUUUGAAAGUACCGUGCAAAUCUCACUAGAAUUCAUCUUCAGAGAGUGGAAGGACAAUUUCCAAGUGCUCGGACCAAUUUUAUAUAUUGGAAGUAUGCUUCCCUCGAAAGGAAUGAAAAGGCUGCUCAAUUUCUGCAUCAACAGGAUCAAACUUCUCAUCACAAAUAAUGGUGGCAUUCCAGAUCAAGAAAUCAAACUUUUGGCGACGGGAGUGUGCAACUGGGACUCGGCUGACAUUUUGCUCAACAUGACAGGCGACUGGCUCGCGGAAUGCAUCAAACUCUCCAUCUCGAAAAGCAAAUCAAAGGCAAAGAAACCAAAGCUAGAUGAAGACCCUGAAAUCGAAAACAAAGCCUCGGCGGGGCUAAUCAUCCUGGAAAAAGUUUUCACCCACCCGCUGGCACACGCAGUCACCAUCCAAAAGUCGUCCGGAGCGAUGCAGAGUCUGCUCAAAAUUACGGAAGGCGUGAAAAAGGUGAUCGAACUGCGCCUCUCGUGCACGGAGCCGUCGGCAGAAAUGUCGGACGAGCUGAUCCACAGUUGCUUCAAACGGUACGUGGCGCUGAUGAACCUGAUUCCCCCCAACAAAGAGACCAACUUCAACCCGAGCUCUGAGUUUUCGAGUCUGAUCGGCUGGUCGGACAAACACCUGCUGCCAAACACAAGCGAGGACAAACUGUCGCAGAACGGGCGGCACUCUGCCCCGCUGGUGGUGCAGCUGCUGUCGGUUGAGCUGCGCUGCAUCGCCAUCGCCACGCACAAGAACAUCAUCUCCAAGGACCUGAUGAGCAAGGCUGCUGGCUUCUGCCAGCGCAUCCUUGCAACCCCAGCCGCCACCUACCUCGUCUCCAGCCUCAUCUGCGCUGCUGGCAGCCUCUUCGUCAACGCCGUGCUCGUCAAACAGGGCAAGCGGCGGGGCACGCUGCCCAAGGACCUCUUGGAGAUCACGCUGCCCAAUCUCAUUUGCGACAUCCUCAACGGCAGCGUCAACGCGUCAAAAUUGGAGAUGCUGAUCGAGCGGGACUCGGUGGCCAAAAACGAGCUCAAGUCCAACAUUGAGGAGCUGUACAACGCCUACUACGCCAUGUUCCAACGCAACUCGGUGCAGGUCAACACGCUGGACCGCGCCUUCGUCAAAGCCGUAUUCAAGACGGCGCUCGCCUCCGACUCCGGCGACAGCGGCCUGCCCUAUUUCGCCGAGUUCCUCAUCAACGAGUUUCAGCAUAGCUCGUUGAUCACGCCCGAGAAGUUUUGGACGCUGGUCCAAGAGCAGGUGCAAUCUGGACUGGCCCUCACGCCGCAGGGCAGGUCGGCCGUCGAGGUCUUUCUGGUCGUGGUCGGCUCCAAGUGGCCCAGUCUGCUCCCGCGCAAGUACGUGGACGAGUGUCACAAAUUGCUUAGUUCCUUAGCCAAUGACAAAGCAGAGGAAACGGAGCAAAUCGACGAGUACGACUUGAACCAGUCUUUCAUGGUUCUCAAUGAUAUUUGACAGUUGCUCAGUGUCAGAAAAUCCCUGUUUGAUUUUAAUCCAAAUACUUGCCAAGCCAGAAAAUUAAUUUUUACCUUUGGUGGGGGCUGACUGAUGCAGCUCACGAAUUGUUGUGCAGUUUUUUGUUUCAUGUUUCAUCGUAAUAAUUGUUAGUAAUUAGACUUGGGAAAUUCUCCUUGUUCGGAGCCACAAACAGACGCUGCUAAUGUUCAUUCACAAUUUUUCCGGUACUCAAACUGCGAUUUUAAAUUUAAUCUUGUUCAUGCUUGGCAUGAAAAUAGUUCAUUUGACUUUUGCUAAAAAUCAAAAUCGGCCUAACCUGUAAUAACAAUUUUUCAAGACAAAUAAAAACGUUGCUGUCUUGAUUGGCUGAACCAAUUUGUUGUUUUCAGCUCGUUAAUGAAUGAAAUUAUUUACGCCAAGGAUGCACAGCGGCAAUUUUUCUGAAAUCGCAGUGCAAUUGUCUGGAUGUUGUAAAUUAACGGUGGCUUAAAACACUAAGGACUGUCAUAAGUCGUGAAUUUAAUUAAAUAAUGACGAUAACCUGAAUUGUUUAGGCCACAGUUAAAAAUGUGAGGGAAUGUUGUUUUUAUUUUCUCACGAUGUUUGCAAAAGCUCCUGCUCACAGAUUUGAUUGCACUGAAUAAUUAGGGAAACGACCUGUUGCAAACGAUCAAACCUUUCAAAACCCCAAAACGCAUUUAAUAUUGUUGUGUAUGAUGGCACUCGAGAUCUCCAAACUUUGGUAUAAUGUUUUUAAUUUAAUAUGUAAGCACCGCCCCCUAUUCAAGUACAAUGCAGAAUCACGGACAUUCUGCACUAUACGAAAUGUGCCACUCAAAUGACCCCGGGUUGAGACUGAACCAAUUUCGUUUCCAAAGCGUUUUACCUGAAAUGCAGAUAAGCACUAAGUUUACUAUUUUUAAAUGUUUGUACAUGGGAUCUGAAUAAAAAAAACGACCAAAAUAAGAUAAAA